AUGAAUCCUUGUCUUCCUUUUGCUGCAAAUCUUGUGCAAAGUAGCCUCCGCAGCAAUGGGUUCUCGAAAAAUAUUGUGCUGUCUCCGCUGUCCUUGAACGCCAUAGCAGCCAUGCUGGCCACGGGAUGUUCAGGACGCUCUCUGAAGCGUGUACUCAGCUUUGUUGAAUGCGACGAUUUGGAGCAGCUCAAGUCGAUGUUUUCGCAGAUGAUGUCUAUUGCAACUUCCUCCUCCUCCUCCUCCUCUCCUUCUUCCUCCGCCUGCAGUGGCAUGAGUAAUAGCUACCGUCGUUAUCGAGGCCGUGGUGGUAGUAGUAGUCCUCCAAAGAUCUCAUUCGUCAAUGGAGUUUGGGUGGAUUCUCGUUUUCCCCUCAAGCCCUCGUACAAGGACUGUGUUACAAACGUCUUCAAAUCAGAUGCCAAAAACGUGAUUUCAAAAGGUACGUGUUACUAUGUGACUGGUCUUCUGUUGCUGACUCUUGCUGAUAAAGCCAUCAAAGAAAUUAACUCAUGGGCAGACCUGCAAACGAAUGGCCUCAUAAAAGAUGUUCUUCAACGUGGCCACAUUAGCCCUGUUACCGCACUUAUACUAGGAAAUGCUCUUUACUUCAAAGGAUAUUGGGCAGACGAAUUUGAUAUUACAAGGACUCGGAAUCAGAACUUCUCCCUUCUCGGUGGAGACAAGGUUUCUGUUCCCUUCAUGGGCAUUUCAGGACAUUAUCUGUACGGAUCAUUUGGUGACUUUAAAGUCAUCGAGCUUCCCUAUAAAGUCGGCAACAUCGGAGACAGGAAGAGAUUUUCAAUGCAGUUGAUCCUCCCACACAAGAUAGAUGGAUUGCAGGAUCUAGUAUUGAAGUUCAAUUCCGGGUUUAUAAGCGGCCAUUUCGAGCUUGAGAGAACACUUGUUGAUGUCGUGCAGAUACCCAAAAUCAAAUUCUCAAGCGUUCUUGAGGAAAUUAAAUUUCCAUUCAUGGAAGAAGACAUGGAGCUGACAGAGAUGAUUCAUGCUAGAGAUCAGCCUUUCAUUUCAAAAAUAAUUCACAAAGCUUUUAUCGAGGUGGAUGAGAAAGGCACAGAGGCAGCAGCCGUCACCUUUAGCGCAAUAAUCGGCCAUGCACCCGGAGAAAUACAGCGAGAAAUCAAGACCUUUGUAGCUGACCAUCCUUUCAUGUUCAUCGUCAAAGAAGAGACAUCUGGAUUAGUCCUCUUCGUUGGCGCUGUAGUAAAUCCCCUCCCAGAAUGA